AUGAAUUUAAGGAAAAGUCGAUUAAAAUAAACUCCAUUUGCUGCAUCUAAAUUCUCUUCCUCAUAUUUUCAGCCAUUACUUCCUGAUUCAAAGACUAAAACUAAAAAAUAAAGAUUAUAAGAUUCAAUUGAAAAUUUCGUUCAAAUUUAUGAAUAAUAUCUUAAAAUGCUUUUUGGGCAAGAAAUAAAUUUUUAAGAUGAGAAACAAUUUAACCAAAAGUUAUAAUUAUUCUAACAAGAGGAAGAUGCUUUAGAAGAAUUUGAUUUACCAGAAACAGUAAUAAGGUAAAGUUUUAUAAUUAUUCAUUAUUUCCAGCCUCCCAAACCCAGACACAAUACCCGAUGACUUUGAAUAUCCACUAAAAUAGAUAGAAUAUUUCGAACAAAUUGUCAAGUCUUUAAAAAUAGAUGAAAAAUCUGUUCAUGAUAAAUUGUUCUUAAAGGCUAUUGAAAAUGUUUACACUAAUCUAUCGGAUCGCAAACUCUUCUCCUUAUUUGAAUUAAGAACUAGAGGAAUAGAAACACAGCCCAAUUAAUGCAGAAAUACUCUAAUCGGUUAUGGGACAGGUUAAUAAUUAUUUCAAAAAUCUCCAGAUCGAACUCCUAGAUCUAUCAUCUUGGAUGAUAAUCAUAAUCAGGAAAACAAGACAGAAAUUUUCCCAAUUUAUGAGAAGGAUGAUUGUGUAAAUAAGUUAGUGAAACAAUUUCGAAAUUAUCUUAAAGAUCAUAUAAACCGAAAUUAAGGAAGCUUAGCUAAUAUUAUUGAUUCAAUAUAGGUUGAUCUCUAGGGGUUAUUGUAUAUCUCUAAAAAGGCUUAUUGUUAGGGUGAAUACUUAAAAACCUAAGGUAGAGUUUGGUAUAGAACUAACAAUGAUACAUAAGAUCUUUUAACCUUAACACGCAAUAUUCUCAUAAUUUAAUUUUCAAGAAAGGGAUACAAAGUUAAACCUAUAUUGUCUAAAGAUGGCUCUAAAAUCUACCUUCUGUUGUAUAUACCUGAAAAAUCCUUAGAAGUAGCAGCAGAAAAUUUUGGCAUACAAAAAAAAUUAAGCUUUUGCUUUACUGAUUUACUUUCAUUGGAACCUGUGGAUAAUGAAUUUAGACCUCUAAGAUUAAGUGGCAGAUUAUGGAGACCUGAUGAAUAUAACCUCUCGCCUUAUUUAAAAUAUUUAAGACCAUUAAUUAUUGAGUAGAUUUAGAAAAUAAAUUUUAAAAAGUUAGCAAGAGAAGUUGGCCAAAGUGGAUUGAAUACAGAAUUAUUUGAGUAUGAAAAAUCAGAAAUGCAUGGAGAUGAUGUUGGCCCUACAGAUGAAGAGUGGACAGCCUUUUAUAAAUAUCUAGUACAUCUAAAUAAUAAUGUUUAAAUUCAAAGAAAAAAGUUUUAAAUUAAUAAUGACAUUGCUUUAGUAAUAAAUGAAUAAAAAACAGCUGAAGAAAUCUAUGCUAUUAGAAAUUGUAAAAAAUUUAAAUACUUUACCUAAUGUACUCCAGAGGAAUAAGAAACUAUACAAACAGUUUAUGAUUAAAUAAGGGAACUUUCAUCCCAAACCAAAACCCUACCUAUUUUUUCUAAAAUUCCAAAAAUAAAAAAAAUUAAGCUAUUGCUUUAGUAAUAGCUGGCUCAUAAUUAUUUAAAUAUAUUUAAAGAGGCAUUAAAAGUAGCAAAUACACCAACACAAUAAUUGAAAUCCUUAUGGGAUAGGAAUAACUAAACUCCAUUCGAGCUUUUUAUUCCAUUCAAAGUUCAUUUUAAUAAUUCUUCAUUAAAGUAAUAAGCAAAAUUUUAAAUAAGAUGGUGUAGAUAUAUUAAAAAUGAAGAAAAUUAAAUAACUUUAUUUCCUACUCAUGAAAGAUUAAAAAUAUCUUAAUAGCUUAUAACUUCUUCAGUAAAUUUGAAUACUUUGAUUAAUUUGAAAUUAGUUAAUAAUGUAUUUUGCUUACACGAUCAUUAUGAAUUAUUUGGGCAUUGUAAAAGUCUCUAAUAAGCGUUAAGCGAAGAUAAAGAUUUAUAUAAAAAAAAACCAUUUGAUCUUGCAGGAGAAUGGAUUUUCAAUUUUAAAAUUCCUUGGAAUUUGCCAAUAGAACAAAUAUGUUCUUAUUUUGGAGAAAAAAUUGGACUUUAUUUUGAAUUCUCUUCCUAUUAUAUUAAAUUUUAUGCAGUUUUGUCGAUUAUUGGAAUACUUUUUACAAUAUUAACAUAUACAUCUUAAUUUUAUGACAAAGACAUUUAUACAGGAAUUAUAUCGACUUUUUCAAUACUAUUAAUUCAUUAGAGUUCAUUUGUAACUGAUUAUUGGAAUCAAAUAUAACUUACAUUCAAUAUUAAAUAUGGAUAAAAUAAAAGUGUAAGAGAAAGCUUUAUCAGAACAGCUUUUAAAGGUAAGCACAUAAGAUCAAUAGGAAAUGAUUAAUUAAAUUCUUAAGAGACGAUUCAUUCUUAGGUUAUUCAAAGGAUUGUUAUUUCAGCAUCUGUUUUAAUAUUUUUGAUUGGUUCAGACAUAGGAAUUAUUAUUGGCCUUUAUUUUUUUAAUCUUUUUUUGAAAACUGUAUUAGAUUAGGCUGGCAAUAAAUUUUUAAGUCUUGAAGUUAUCAUAUCGGGAUCCUUAAAUUAUGGAAUUUAAUAUUUAAUAGAUUCUUAUUACGAAUAAAUAGCUACAAUUUUAACUGAUUUUGAAAAUUUUUAAACUUCCCAUCAAUAUGAAACUAGUUUUAUAAUGAAAAAGUACACUUUGUAUUGGUUUUCUUAAUUGUUUCCACUAAUGGUAGUAUGCUUUCUUCACACUCCAUUAAACUUAUAUUGUGAAGAGGAUAAUUGCAAACAAUAAGUUUAAUACUUGUUUGGAACAACAAUUAUUUGGAUAUUUUGCAUUUAAGUGAUUAAGUUUGUUAAAAUAUAUCUUUAAGAAUAAAAAAAUUAUGAAAUUAAAAAAUAACAGUCUUCAACACUAAGUUUAAUCGAAUUCAUCGAAGAGCAGGAAUAAAAAAUCCCUUUUUAACACAGUUAAGAAAAAUAUGGAAUCAUAGAUGAAUAUAUGGAAUUCUUUUUGUAGCUGACACUUAUUAAUUUGUUUGGAUGUUUGUUUCCAUUUAGCAUAACAUUAUUUUGGUUUUGGAUUAUAAUUUAAUUUCAGAUUCAAAAGUAUAGGUUGUUAUAUCAAAUUCAGAGACCAUGGCCUAAAGGAGAUAGUUCACUUGGAAUUUGGAAUGAAGUUAAUUAAUUAAUAAACUUUGUUACGCUUUUAUGCAACUCAGGUUUAAUUUGUAUUUACUAUCAUGGUAAAUUGUAGGAUAAAGUAAUAUUGCUAUUUUUACCUUUACUAUUUUAUAAUUUUUUAGUGAAAUACAUAACCAUGUCGCUAUUUGGUGGAACUCCAACAAUUUUAGAAUAAAUUAUUCGAAGAGGCCAUUACAUCUAUAAAAAUAAUGUAUAAAUUGCAAGUAGUUUGAGCAGAACAAUAGAAAAAAACAAUAAAAAUUAAUUAUAACAUUGUCCGUUAUACAAAAUAUUCGGUUCCAUCGGAACAUAAAGUUCUGAUAAUUUUGAAACUAUCAGCUCAGAUAAUGAAAUUACAGAUUAUUAUUUAUAAAAUAGCAAGGCAAUUUCAAAAAAGAUUAUAAAAGAAGAAGAUGAAUUUUAAUAAAAAUUAACUGAAUUAACGUAAACAAAUGAAACACAACAUCAACUUUAUACUCCUUAAAAUACUUAAAGAAAAAUGUAAACAGAGGUUUCUGAAUAGAUGAGCCGAACAAUUUUCUCCUGUUGUAAAGAGAAUUCUAACAGACCAGAAACACAAUUAUAAAAAAAAUAACAGUUUAAGAUUGAAGAACUAGUUAAGAAAAUUAAUUAAGUGGAUUAAUUGGAUUAUGGAUUUUUUUUUAACUAUUUCUCAAAAAGAACAACAAAUUAUGCAUUUUAAAUAUAGCAUAGUGGUAUAACUGAAAAGCAAUUAAAAAGAGAUAGAACCAGAAUUUGGAGAUUUUUUUUUCGUUUGAUCUUAUUGUCUUCAUACAAGUUGAUAUGGAGCGACUACAGGUUUUUUAUUUGCUAAUCUUACAUUCAAAGAAAAUAGAAAAUUUUUCAAAAUUUAGAUUAUAAAAGAUUUAAAAUAUUAAGCUAAAGCUUUAACAAUUAACUUGAAUUUUAUAAGAAUAAAGCAACUUUGAAAUUUAGAAGACAAUUAAAAUAGUUUGGUAAAUCAUUAAGUUUAGAGGAAGAAAAAGAAUAUCAAGAAAUUCUCAUAAAAUAUCGUAAUUACGUUGAAAAAAAAUCUUGGUUGAAUUGUAGAAAGGUUCAGAUCUUUAGAUACAAAGGUUUAUUUUUUAGAGGAUUUAGGAAAUAAAUUAUAAAAAAACCUUCAAUAAAAUUUGCUCUAGAAUAUUAUGAAGCUAUGAAAAAAUUAGAAUAAGUUAAAUUUGAAUCAGACAUUCAUAGAAGAUUUACCUCAUUAGUCCACUACUCGUCAAUUAAUUAAUACACUUUAAAUUCAUUCAUAGAAUUGUUUGUAAUGUUGGAAUAUGAGUAAUAAUGUAUUUUUAUAUUUGACUAGGUAAAAACGAACAUUUGCAUUCCCAUCUAUUAAUUGCACAAUAAAGUAAAAAUAUUAUUACCUGCAGCCUUUAAAAUCUGAAAUUUACAAAAAUGUUAUUGAUAAAUCAAAAGAUACAUAUAUAUUUGAAUAGUAUUCAAUGAAAUUAGAAGAAUAUAUUUUAUAAUACUGCAUAGAUGAAUGGAACUAAAUUCCAAACAUUAAAUUAAAGAAACAUCUUCAUGAUAUUCUAUGGAUUGUCUAAAUUGAAGAGGAAGAAUAUUUGAUGUAGUUUUUUUAAGUUAGGCAUGGUUAAAGAUUAGCAUUUUAAAAAUUUCAUGAUGAUAAAUUAGGAGUAUUUUUGGCCGAGAGCAAGAACUAUAUUAAAUUGCUUAAUAUUCUAGAUUAAAUAGAUGACUUUUUCAUCAAAGGAUAUUGUGUUUCAUUAUAUUAGGCUAAAGAUUGUAAAAGCCUUUUUUAAGUUUUACAAUUUAGAAAGAAAUACUCAUUAUAAUAUUCCUAUGAGGAACUUCAAUAAUUCUUUUUUGCAAAUAUAACUUUAAUGAUGAAGAACUAAGUAUAAAAUAUUUCAAUUUAUAAUUACAUUUUAACUAAAAACUAAUAUAUGGUCUUGAAUUCAAUAUAGGAAAAAAACAAUUAAGUUGUAUAAUUAGUUUAAAUGAUUACAGAGAUGAUUCUUCUAAAACCUAUUGAAAAUUUGGCAGAGGCAAUUAAAUAGAUAGAACACCCACUACGUCAUUUUCUUUUGGACGUACUAGAAAAUGAAAAAGAUCCUUAACAAAUUUAUGAAUAAAUGACUAUUUAAAAACAAUUUAUAGAAAUUGAUUUUUAAUUGGCUCCAAAUUAAAAAGAAAAUUCUUAUUCAUUAUAUAUGGAAAAUAUGAAACAUUAAAUUAAUUUUCAUCUAAGAAUGAAAUAGUUUAAUAAAGUAUUAGUUUUAAUUCAUGAAGUUGAAAAUUAUUUAAAAAUAAAUUAUUACAAUAUAUCAUCAGAUUUGUUAAUACAUUUUAUAAACUAAUUUUCAAAAAAUUUAAACAGUUACAUCUUGAAAUCAAAUGAAAUUAAAAGAAUACUAGACAUUUUGUUAAUCUACUAUUUUAAAGUUUCAUCCUUAUUUGCUCUAAAAAAAGAAUUUGAACCUGAAAUUUCAAAGUUAAUUGAAGGAUUAAAAAAAAGUAGUGCACAAUUAAGAGUCAUGUUUCGAUAAUUAAGUUUAAAUAUAAAGCUUGAAAAUCUAUCUGAAAUUGAAUAGCACAUAAUUUUAAAAAGAAGAAUAAAAGAAAAAAAAUAAGGAUAAUCAUCGAUAAGUUCAUUUGAAAGAUUAAAUUUAAUAAAUACGUUGAGAAAAAAUUAAGAUUACAUCUUAAUAUUAAUAUAAUAUCAAACGUAAUUGCAAAGAUAUCUAAAUUAAUUUUUAGCUAUAAAGGCUAUUUAUUAAUAUUUUAACAAGAACUUUCUUCUUGCUGGCAUUUAUUACUCAGAUAUUAUAUAAAAUUAAGAACUACUUAUAUCUCGCGACCCAGCUCCGAAAUUUUUAGAUAAUCCUCUAGAUCACAGUCCUGGAUUAAUUAAUCUUGAAUAAUCAUCCCCUACCGAUGAUGAUCAUUUUAUAAGUGAAAAUUUGGAUACAAAAAUAGAUGCUUUGACAUAAGGAGAUAAAUUAUAUCUGACCUAGUUAAUCUAUUUUUAGUACUUAUAGAUGAUAAAUUUAUAUGAUAGUAAAAAUGAGCGUUUUAAAGAUAAUUAUAAAGAAUUUUAAGAGGUAGAAGGUGCUCAUGAAUCAAUUUAUGAGUAUUAUUUAAAUCAAUUAAAACUAUUAAAUUAAGAGAAAAUCUCUAAACAAAACCAAAAAUAAGAAUUGAAAUGCGACAUUGGUAAAUAUCUAGUAAUUAUGUAAUUAAGAUGGAACGACAUUGGUAGAAAAAAACAGCUAAAAUUAAUUUAAUCUGAUGAUGAUGACUUCUUGAAGUUUUAAAUCAUGAUGUUUUCCAACUUAAAAAUUACAUUAGAAAAUAGAUUAAUUAUUUAAAAUUAAAUUGACAACCAUAAUUAUAAAAAUGUUGAUACAUAUUUUUGUAUGUACUAGAUAAGACUUAUUUAGCAAAUGUUUCAUCUUGAUAACGUUUAGCCUGUUACUCAUACAUUACCAAAAUAUAAUUCUGACUAUCAUUUAAGACAUACUUAAAAGUAAACUUAAAUUGAAUUACUGAAAGAAUUUCACAAGAGCCUUAGAAUAAAAGAGGAAAACUGGUUUUAUCACCAGGGUUUAGAAGAGCUCUAAGUAUUUUAUUAUCUUUCAAUUUGUUUCUCAUUUUCUCCAAAGCACCUUGAAAAUUUUUCUCCUCAAAACACAUUAUUAAUUGAUAAGGCUAGGAUUGGAAUGAAAUAAUUUCAACCAAAUCCAAAAUUUUAUUGCUAAUCUUUAAAAUUUGCUUAAAUUAAUAAUGAAUGUGUAGAUCAAUUAGUUUUUGAUGCUUCAAUAAGUAAACUUCAAUAAUAUUAGCUGUUUUGUUAGUUUUUAAAUUGUAAUGUUAAAUUUUCUUAAAGACUUAGAAAUUCAUAUCAAUAAAUUUAGGAAAAUCUAAAUGAAGAUUUUUUCUCUUCAAUUUUAGUACUUGGAUUGCUUCAUUCAUUUAUAUAGUGUUAAUAAGAUGAUGUCGUUGAUUUAAUGUACUAGUUGAUACAAAGAUUGUUAUAAUCUUAGGCAUUUAUUUUUCAUAAAAUUCAUGAAGGAUUUGAAAAAGAUUUGAUGAUUGUGGAUGGCAUUUUCAAAAAUAAUAAUAAUUUUCUACCUGUUCCAUCUAAAUAUCUAUUUGAGUACACAAAUAACUUUUUGUAUUUUGAAGAUGUAAAAUUUAAUUCAUAAUAUUUAUUAUUCAACCUUAUGAUGCAUUAAGAUUAUUUUUUAAUCUAAGAAAUAAUAUAAGAAAGCAUUUUGUAAUUGAAAAAUUAACCUUAAUUGAUUCGCAUAAUGCAUUUGUUUGAAUCAUUAUUGGAUGCAGUAAACUCAAUAAUCGGAUAUUCAGAACCAAAAUAAUAAUAUAGGUAUAAGGUUUAUUCAUUUUUUAAGCUUUAGAUUAAAUGAUUAUGCUUAAGGUACUUUAAUGCACGCUCUCUUAGCUCAUUUUUAAUGUAAAUACUAUAUGAAUUUAAUUGAUUACGAAAAUGCUCUAAAAUAUUCAGAGAUAAUACUUCAGUAUAUAAGUACAUACAUGAAAUAAGAAAAAACAAUAAUUUCUUUAUUUAACGAUUAACUGGUAGAUAUAUAUUUUUGAUCUUAGGUUUCAGAAUACUAGACUAAUUCUUAACUAGAUGAAUUGAAAAUAAAGGAUUACGAUUUUCUCUAAGAUGAAAAAAUGGACUAAGAUUACAUUCAUUUAUUUAAUAGAGAUCUAAUUAAUGAGGCGAUUCUUAAUCAUUUAAGAAUAAUAAUAAAUAUUGAAUAGAAUCUGCCAAACAUUAAUUUUCUUUUCUCUUUGCAAUUAUAAUUAGAAAACAAAAAUCAUAUAAAUUACUUACAUAUGAUUUAUGCUAUGUAUUUUAACUUUUUUUAGAAUAACCAAAACUCUUAACUUUAAACAUUACUAACAGAUCAGUCAAAUUAAAUAGAAAAAAUAAAAUAAAAAAUAAAAAAUGAAGAAACAAAAUAAAAAGUAUACUUUUCAUUAAAAAUGAAUCUAUUAUCAGAUAUAACAGUAAUUGAUCAUAAAUUAAAGGUCCUGGACUUUUAAUUAAGCAUAUUUUAAGGAGUAAAAAAUGGGAUUAGUUAAAAGUUAAUUAUUACUUGGACUCUUUUCUGUGCAUAAAACGCAAUAGAUGGGUAUUCUAAAGUUUUCAAAUUAAAUAUCAGCAUCUUACAUCCUUAUGUUUCUAUGAUGUAUUUAAUAUAAUGCGAAUCAUACCAAAGAUUAAGCCAAAUUUUAAAAGCAUAAAUUAUGCUUGAGUUAGCAGAAACAGGGUUGAAGGGCUGGUUUGAAACUAAUAAACAUCCUUUGAAAGGAUUAUUUUUUUUUUUCUAAGGAAGUUUUGAUAGAUGGCUCUAUUCUCAGUAUUAAAUAUGUGUCAAAGAAAUUCUUUGUUUAAGAGAGUUUGAUAAAUUUGAAAUCACUAUAAUAGUUAAAGGGUUGAUUUCUAAGGAAAAAUAACUUUUAAAAGCUUUUGACUACUAUCAUUCCAACUUAUUAAAAAAUAUCGCAGCUUAUUUAGCAAACUAUAUUUACUCAUAAAUUGGUAAACAUCAAAAAUAAAGUAUUGAAAAAAAAUUCAAAUCAUAAGAUGCAAAAGAUGUUUUAGACGAACUCAUUGAAUCUAGUUCAAUUAAAUCAUUUAGUGGAGUUACACAAUAUUUAGAUGUAAUUUAAUCUAUAUAACUAAGGCACUAGCAAUUUUUAAUGCAUUUGAAACAGAACACAAAUGUAUUGAUAUUAUAAGGAAAGUAAUGAUGGAGGAAGAUUAAUGA